GCUGUGGACCGUAAACUCGCCUGGCAAAUUCCCCGCGACUUCCUGCGUAAGAUUGCAAGCAAACACACUCAUGGAAAUAUUAGACAAGCACCAGCCACAUCGCCUGAAUAUUCGGCACUCUGACUGCUGACCGUCAAUUCUGAGGGGUCCCUGACCUGGGCAGAUUUCAGUUGCCACAUAGGGUUUUCUUGAAGAUCACGCUGAUCUACCCCUGACUCGGAUGAGAAUCUUUCACGAGUGAAGCUUUGUGGGGAGGAAUAGGGCCAUUCAGCGUUCCUCUGUUGACACUAUUUCCGGUCAAUUUCGCUCUAGUUUCAUCCGGAGCUCCACUGCUUCUCUGCAUUAGGUUUAGGAAUUUUCCAUUCCCGUUGUGCAGUCCACCCAGAAUGCUGGGAAUGUCUUAUAUACCCGCCGGCCCUCCGCAGUCUGUCUCCAAAGGGUCGUGUGAGUGAGUACAGCGAGCGAGUGCUCUGUGUCUGAGGUCGCCCGACCAACAUGGACAACCUCAAAGAAGAGUACCGGCUCUCCUAUCGGCGGAUGCAUGACCCGCCGGAGCCAACGCUGGCCACGGAGCCGUUGACGGCCUCCGAACAAGUGCUUCUGCAAAGCCAAACCACCGGGUUCUGUGGCUCCAGCUGGGCGUUAGAGGUGGUCAGCAGCGUGAUCGCCGUGGCAGCCCUCGUCGCCAUCAUCGUCGUGCUGUACGUCUACGACGGCGAGCCCAUGCCGGACUGGCCGUAUGGCAUCACCCUCAACGCGCUAGUGUCUCUCCUGAGCACCGUCAUGAAGGCGGCCAUGGCGUUCCCCAUCACCGAGGCCUUAUCGCAGCUCAAAUGGUCGUGGUUCAACCGGGGCAACAAGUUGAGCGACUUGUCCGCGCUGGAUGCCGCCAGUCGAGGAGCUAUCGGCGCCUUCAUGGUGCUCUUCCGCUUUCUCCCUCGCCAUCUGGUGACCAUUGGGUGUCUCAUUCUGGUGGUGGCAGCGGCCAUUGCUCCGUUUGUGCAGCAAGUCAUCGCCAUCAAUCUCCGCCCCGUUCCCGCUCCCGACCUAUCCUCCAUUCAGAUCUGCAACUCCAGCACCUACACUGACUACGGUGAAGGGGCCGGCCCCGGCAUGAACGUCGUGCCGCUUUCCACGGCCGGAGCCAUCUACACGGGACUCUUUCAAAGCGCCAGUCCCCACAGUAACGCGGUCACGAUGUCCUGUCCCACGGGGAAUUGCACCUUCGAGCCCUAUCAGUCGCUGGGCAUCUGUACGCGGUGUGCCAACGUCACGGACAAGCUCUCGAACUCCUCGGAGUCCUUCGGCACCCUCACCAAUUACGACUACAAGCUUCCCAACGGGCUGCACUUCCAAACCGCCAUGAACAUGAUGUACCUGAUGAACGCCACGGUGGACCUCGACCUGCUGCGCGUGGACACCGGCGGGGUUCCGUCCAUUCUGAACUUUACGGCCAUCUCAGCGGCCGGGUACGGGGUUCCCCCGGACAUCAGCGCCACCGAAUGUGGCAUGUACUUUUGCGUCGAUACGUUCAACGCUUCGGUGACCCAAGGAUCUUUUAAGGAGACCCGCUUGUCUACGCAGACCUCGUCCAACGCCUCGUCGUCGAUGAUCACGGAGGAUCUCUUUUUGACCCCGGAGACCUGCUACAAGAACGGCACCCGGCACAAGUUGACCGACGACUGCACCUACCACGUCAACUGGCUCAGCGGACUGUCGCUGUCCAACUCCCUGCGGCCGCUCCUGCACGGGAACGGGUCGCUGUUCACCAGCAACCGGCCGGAUUGGUCGUCGGACACACUCAAGGCGGUCUACGGCGUCCAGGGCAACUACACGGACGUCAGCUCGGUCUUCCACUCGCUCUCCUCGGCCCUCACCACCCACGCCCGGUCCAAGGUAUGCGACGCCUCCGUGACGGGCAAGACGUGGACGAUGGAGUCCUUCGUGCAGGUGCGGUGGCCGUGGAUGGCGCUGCCGAUCGCCCUCGUGGUCCUGGGCUUCAUUUUCCUGAUCGUGACGAUCGUCAAGACCAAGAACCAGUACAUCUGGAAAUCGUCCCCGCUGGCGCUGCUCUUCUCCGACCUCAGCGUGGAUGCUCCGCAGUCCAUCCGAUCCAGUCCCAGUCUAAGCGGCAUGGAGGACACGUCCAAGAAGAUGAAUGUGUGGCUGGAGACGACCAACGCGGGGGUGCGGCUGAAGGGGAUCUUGGGAUGA